GUUGUUUUUAUUUUGUUUUCUCUUUUUAGGAGAUGCUGGAAGCGCUCAAGGCUCUCUCGACGUUUUUUGUCGAGAACAGUCUGCGCACCCGAAGGAACUUGCGUGGGGACAUUGAACGUCGGAGCUUAGCCAUCAAUGAAGAAUUUGUCCACAUAUUCAAGCAAGUUAAAGAGGAGCUUGAGAGUAUAAAUGAAGAUGUUCAAGCGAUGAGCAGCUGCUGUGAAGAUAUGUCCAGUCGUUUGAAGGCAGCAAAAGAACAAACCCAGGACUUGAUAGUAAAAACCACAAAGCUCCAAGCAGAAAAGUACGUAUGCCAUCUUUCUUACUUCUUGAAGACUUGACAGUACUGGUGUAAUUUUAUUUUAGAUCUGG